AUGCCUUCAACUCCUUCUCAGAGUCGACGCAGAAUACUUAGAAGACUCGUUAAAUCACGCCAAACUAACAUGAAUACUGACAACUUAAUUUACAAUCAUUGCAAGUUAUUUCUUCAAACAUUGGCACAAGAAGCUAAUAAUGAAGCAGAAACCGAUAAUACAAAUGUAGUUGAAGAAAAACACGUUAAAGUCGCUCUGGAGAAAGUUUUACAUGAGUUCCAAGGAUAA